AUGAAUUAAACUCAAAAGUCUUUUGAUGUUUCUAAAGGGGGCGAGAAACUAUCAGAUAUUGAGUCUCUAAAAAGAAGAACAUAUAAAAAAAUAUUAAUGUAUUACUUAUGAGAAAUAUUAGGAUGUCUUCGAUGAACAAAAACAUUAUGAAAUAUAUUUAGAAAGCCUUUCAAUUAGGUCCGAAAUAUUUGACUAUUGAAUGCCUUGUAGAAGAGGUAAAAACUACUCCACUUAAUGAAUUGGAACGUUAUGGUGCUACAAUUUUAGAUAAAGAUAGAUUAAAAGAACUUUAAGAAUUGUUAGGAAAAAUAAAAUAGAUGAUAGAUUAAGAUGUAAAAUAAUUGAGUAGUGAUCAAUUAGUGGUAUUAGAUAUAUGUUUAAGAAUAGUAAUUAAUCAAAUAUUUUGUUUUAUCUCCAGUUGAGAAAACAUAUAUUCAAAAAAUAGAAGCUGAAUUAGCAGAAACUGUAAAGAUUAGAAAUAAUAUUUAUAUAGAAAAAUUUAGAUGAAUAAAUCAAAGCAGCUUAAACAAGAUAAAAAGAACAAUAAGAUUAAAAAAUUGAAGAAUAUAGACAAGAAAAAAAUGGAUAAUAAAUAAUUAAAUAAAACUUAUAAUCAUAACAGCAUCAAAUAUCAGUACAUGAAAAUAAAUUAGAAAAAGCAAAUUAAAAAUUGAAUGAAAUAGUUGCUCAUAAUAAAUAAUUGAGAGAGAAAAUUAAUUAAUUGAGAAAAGAAAAAAAUAUGGUUGAAGAGUAUAAAUUAUAUAUAAUUAUAGAAUAUCAAAAAAUUUAGAAAAAGAAUUAGAGGAUAAAAAGAAGAAUGUAGAAGAAACAAUUAAAUCUGCAGGAUAAGCAUAUUAUUAUAGAAAUAAAGCAGAAGAAGAAUUAACAAAAUUAUAAAAGAAGGCAGAAGCAUAAAAAAAAGAAUUUGAAUUAGAAUGUGAAUCUUUAAAUGAGAAAAUAUAACAUGAUAAGAAAUUUAAAGCAUUUAUAUAAAGCAAAAAGAAAGAAUAAGAAUAUUUAGAUAAAUUAGAAAAAUAAAUUGCAGAAAAUUAAGAAAUUAUUAGAUAAAAAUCAGCAUCUAAUGCUUAAAUUGAUAAAGAAUAUAUGUUAAGUGCUUCAAAAGAAUAAGAAAUUAAGGAUGCUUUUGAAAGAAUUAAAUAAGAAACAGGAAUACAUGAUAAAAAAAAAGAAAGAGAAAGUAAAUAGCUAUUAACAGUUUUUAUUGAAUUGUAUUAGAAUAAUUAAAUUAUGUCAUAAUUUGUUAAAGAAUUAUAAGAAACAGUUGAAGAAUUAGAAAGAUAAAUUGAAGAAAAAAAAGAAGAAAUAUAAAUGUAUUCAACAAAAGGAGCUACUAAUGAUAAUUAAAGAAGAGAAUAAAAAAUGGCAUUAUCAAAUAAAAUUUAAUAAGAAGAGAAAAAGAAAGUUAUACUCAAAGCAUAAUAUGAAAAAUCAAUUGAAACAAUAAAUUUAAUUAAAAAAUAUUUAGAAGAAGUAUUUUAAGCUAUUGAUGUAGAUGAUGAAACAAUAAAAAAAUUAAGUAUAAAUCCAUUAUAUAUAUAUAUAGAAUCUGCUGCUAUUACUGAAGAAAAUAUGGUACAUUUCUUAGGAAUAUUGGAAUAAAAAGGAUUAGAUGCAAUAUAAGAAUAUGCUAGAUUGAUUGCAGAAUAGUUGAAAUUAGAAAAAGGAGAAGUACAUGGAUUAUCUUCUUAAGUUGAUGAUCUAAAUAAUAUCAUAGCAUAUGAAAAUGCUAACAUAAUGAAUUAUUAUUCAUAAGCUUCAUAAUUUAGAUAAGAGUGUCCAGAUGAUGUACUUUCAUUUAAUGAAGAAGAAAAUGAUAUGAAAUAAAGGUGGUUUCAAGAAGAAGAAUUUAAAAAGUAAGCUAUGGAGGUAUAUAUAAUCAUAUAAUUAAGUCAAUCUCAAAAAGAUCUGGACCAAAAAAACCAAUUAAACCAAAAUUCAAAGAAAGAGAAUAAAAACAAUGA